UUUUAUUUACCGUACAAUCUGAAAGAGUUUCGUUCCCAUCCAUGUCUUCUAUAGUCUUCAUUUUUAUACUAGUCAGCUGAAUAGUUCAAAUUUGCGGUCCAAAUUAUCAAGAGCACAUAUAUAGAACGAUUCGCAGACUACGAAUAAUUUAAUCACAUUUGAGUAGUUUUAUAAAAAGGAGAAGACGUGUCAAGACUUUUAAUAAUUAAAAUGAAAAGUAACUCAAAUAAUUCUAUAUCAUGCUGUAAAUUCUGUAAUAACAAAAUAAUCGAACGAGUCGAAGCGUCAUCUAUCAGCGAUUUGACAAACUUAUGUUUUGUUUUCAAGUGUUGUCAAGUUUGUAUUGCCCGAAAUGGUUGGGGUGACAGAUAUGUAUGUAAAAUGUUAAAGCAAAGUGGGAAGAUAAUGGACAAAAUCUAUCUAGUCAAAAGGUGACUGCAGUAUGAGUGAAUCACCUCAACUACAUACAAUCGUAUGUGAAGAAGUCUUUGAUGAAAAUAGUGUACCAUCAGAAGAAGAAGUACUAGAAUAUGCUGCUAAAAUUGGUAUAGACACAAAAACCGAACAUCAUCUCUUGCCUAUUGCUUUAAAUGGUCUUAUGCACCCACUUCCACCAGAAUGGAAACCUUGCUUCGAUCAAGAACUGAAGAAAUGGUACUAUUACAACGCAGAAACCAAAAAAAGCCAGUGGGAGCACCCACUUGAUCCUUUAUACAGACAAAUUGUCAGAAGAGGUCGUUCUGAAGGAUAUAGUUCUGCCGGUGAUGACGAUUCGAAAACUACGGCCAAAGAAGACUUAAAAAGUUUUGAAGAAGCUUCCGACAUACUGUCAUCAAGAAGUGUCGACAUUAAACCCGAAGCUGGGAUCGAUAAGAAAGAUAUCACAGCCAUGGGCGAAAGAGGACCUCUGCUCAAAGGAAGUCAGCCGCUGCUCUUGAGAAGAAAGCAGCUUCAGAGUGGCCAGGAUCCUCUUCACGUAGCCAAGCUCAUUAAUUCCACUCUCAGACAAAGCUUGCCAAAAGACGAUGAGCCACCGAUUCAGAGGAGAUCCCUAUCCGAUUUGCCCUCACCAGCUCCUGCGCUCCGAAGAUCUCAUACUUCAGACCUCAUUACGACGCACCCGCAGCCGAUCAAGGGCAUCUUAAGGGAGUCUUCUUUCUCUGGCUCUAUGAAUUCAUCCAAUAAAGUUUCUUCAGUGAAAUACGGUGAUGCAGGUUCUCUGCACCCAGACACUGAUGACGAGAAGAAGAGGUCAGUGAGAUUCGCAGACUUUGAAAGGAAGUCAUUAGAUAUAAGAUUUCAGUUAUCGGAUUCAGAAGAGAUGUAUUCUGAUGUUGAAGAUGAUGAAGAAGAUGAACCGUCUUCUGGGUCACCUGAAGCUGAAAAAGAUAUCAAAGAAGCGGAAAAUGAAUUAAAACCAAAGAUCCUCUCGCCUUUAAAGAAAAACGAUAACCCAUUCAAUUUUGUUUUACAAAAGAAGGAAGGUACUGAUCAGCCCAGGGCACUGAGAAAAUUUACCGUGACACCAGUGACCUUGAAGGAUCCGCCUUUUGGCUAUCCCGUUUCGGAAUUGAAAGGUUUAUUUAGAAGGGAAUCUGUGGGACCUCUUGAUUCCGACUCUGACUUGUCGUCUGGAAUGAAGGGUGCAGAUUCCUUAAUGACCGGAAUAAGUCGCCUCAACGAAAUGGAGAGUAAUGACGAUUUGAAGAAGACCCAAACCGAACUAGAUCUGUCGAACUCUCCCGUUAACGGUUCUCCAAAGAGUCCGGUCAGGCUGACGAGGCCAGGAGAAGGUGAUGCAAGAAGCCUCAAGUCUUCUCCAACGUUGACCAACAUACACGAAUUGGGUGUGAAUUUAUCCUCUACUGUCUUGGAUGUAAGGAAAGUACCGACUGAAAGUACUACCGAUCUCACGGAGUAUGCGAGCGCCGUCAGUGUACAAGGGAUAAACUCUGUCGAGGUUUUUUGCAAAAAUAGGAAUGAAGAAUUGUCUAUUCUGGAGGACAAGCUUAAUAAAGAGCUGGAAGAGAAGACCAAGCAGCUCCACCACUUGCAAGAAAGUAAACUAACUCAGCUAAAGGAGGAUAUGAUGAAAAGUGAAGAUAUUGCAAUAAAAAAACUAAAGGAAGAAUUAGAAGAAAAUCUGGAAAAACUGAAAGAAAAUCUCAGAGCAGAAUAUAAACUGAAAGAAAAUGAUUUGAGGGAACUCCAUAAAUUAGAGCUGAAUAAUUUAUCAAAGCAGCUAGAACUCGAAAGAGAAAGAGAAAUUGGAAAAUUGAGAGACGAGAAUGAAGAAAUAAUAAGAAAAUGGAAAAAAGAUGAAGGGGAGGUGUUGAAUGAAGAAAGAAUCCGCAUCGACAAUGAGAUGUUUGAACAGGUCAAAAAGGGAAAAGCUGAGCUUGUUAAAAAAUUAGAUGAAAUCAAGUCUCAAGAAGAAGUACAAAUCGCCGAACUGAGAGAAGCUAAUGAGAAAAAAAUAGAAGAAAUGAAACUGAAAUAUGAAGAAAUGGUUAGAGAAUUGAAUAUCAGACAUCAAACUGAAAUAAAAGAAAUCGAAGAAAGCCACAAGCUGAGAAUCAACGUUCUGACGAAAGAUAAGGAGACGGAAUUGAAAAGGUGCGAGGGCGAGUGGGAAGACAGGUUGACGGCAAUGACCCUCAGCCAGAAGGCGAGGAUGGACUCGAUCGGGAAGGAGUAUGAGACCAGGCUGGCGCGCCUCAAGGCCGACUGGGAGAGGGAAGAGGCUGAGAUGAGGAGGCGAAGGGUUCCGUUUGACCAGCAGGCCCUCCCAGUUGACUAUGAAAAACUGAGGUGUGAAAAGAGACUCCUUGAAGAUAAGUAUAGAACUCUGAAAGAAAAAUACUGUCAAUUAAAAACUGAUAUGAAAAUUGCCGUCGAGAAGAAACUUCAAGCAAGAGCAAAGAGGAAAAAGGAAGAGUUAGAAAGAGUAUCUAGCCAACCAGAGAGACCGAAAAAUUUGAAUACCGAGCUUGUACCAGCUUCUUUGAACACGCCCAGGAUAACAGUUGGGGAGGCUUCUCCUAGAGAUGUUACAGAUCCCUCUUCUGAUGAUCAAUACACUCUUUCAUCCACUGUUCCUGAAAAAUAUGGAAGCCAUCGGAGGUCCAGGAGCCAGCGGCAUGACCACACUCCAACAGGAAGCCACGAGGCAAGGAGUCAUCUGGAAGACUUGGAUGAAAAAUCGACAGAUGUUUACUUGCACCAUCCUCUAAAUUCACUUGGCCUCAGCCGAAGCUCAGAAAUAGAUUAUUACCGCCAGAGGCUGAUCGCCGAGGAAGAACAGGCUAGGGCUAUGAGGGAGAGCAUCGAUGAGGCCAGACGAAGCAUGGAGGCGAGAGGCACAACGGAAAACAAUAACGCCCCUCUCGGCCUACAUCAAGUAAUUGAACGAGAUCUGAAUGAGCUUGAGGUUUCUCUUCACCGAACGAAGCAGUUCUUUGGCGAGAAGAUGAUUCGUUUGCGCCUCCUCGGUCAGACUCUUUCGAGGUUGGCUGACGAUACCACCUCACCUCCUUACAAUGCCGGGGAAAGCUCUGUUGCAACCAGUAACGUUCUGCAAAAUUUAGAUAACAUUAAUGCGGAAAUACGUGAAAUCUGGAAUCAGCUGAACAAAAAUCAACCAUCGGGAGCAAACAAUGGUGGAGGUCUAAGCGAAGUUCGUUAUAAAAGCGAUGAAAAACCGAGAACAAAGUCAUCACACCACCAUCAAUCGCACCGGUCAUCAAAGAGGUCGGAAAUUCAAGCUCGGUUGCAAGGAUUACAAGACUGGCUUCAGGCACCGCCGACUGCCGACUGGGCCCAGCUCACCCUAUGAACCAAUGAGUAGUGUCGAAAUCUUUUCACGUAGUACACUCUUUUCAGCGAUCCAAAAAGCAGUAUUUAGAGGUGUUUGUUGUAGUGAUUAUCAAUUGUUAAUAAAUAAGAACUUUGCUGGAUCAUUGAGGCGUGUCGCUAGUCGUUUAACUUUAGAAGGAACCAACAUUCAGAAUGGUAUAUUAACUCUAUCUGUUGAAUGUUAUAAUUUUUUUAUGAAGUUCUUACGAGAAUCAAAACAAAAAAAUUAAUGGUAUGAAAUAAAAUUAUUUAUAAUAAUAAAGUAUUAAAAUAUAUUUAUGGUUCAGAAGUGAUAACUCUUUACUGCCAAAAAGCAUAUUUCAUGUUUUGACUUAAUCAGUGUCACAAUGUUAAACACUAUCGGCUAAUGAGAACUCAUAUUUGCGCCGAUAUAUGUUUAAUAAAGAAUAUUGUGACAUCUAUUAUUUGAAGAGUAAUAAACUUUCCUCGUGAUAUAUGUUAUCAUUGCUAACAGAGAAUAGACAAAAAAAUAUUUUUAAAAUUAGAACAAUUUUAAAAUUUUAAAUUGUGUGUUAACAUAUUUUCUUUAUCCAUAUUUUUAUUUUAUUACUUUUUUUUUUUGCAGAUGCAAGGAAUCACUUCUUAACCAUUGAUAUAAUAAUUGUUUGUAAUCUAGUCAACCGGUGAAUAUUUGUACGUCCGUUUUAGCCACUUCGUACAAAUGCAUCAAUUGUUAAAAUUAAGAAAAUACUUGAUUGUCAUAAAGAUAUAGAUAUUAGAAAAUUAAGAUUAAAUUUAAACUAUGAAGACUUUUCAAUCAAAAAAUCAUAAAAGGUGUCUUCUAGUAUUAUAUCUAGAUAACUUCCGAAAUGUUUAUGAAUGUAGUUUUGAAUAAUGAGUUUUACAUAAAUAGGUUAUUUAUCUGCGAAUCUACCUAGUAAUAAAAAAUUUGGCUCUACUGCUCAAUAACUGCAGUCUAAAGGAAAAGUUUUUGUUUUUAUUUUUGAGUGGCUUCGUAUCAAAGACAUCUGUCAUUUUCAGAAAGUGCAGAAAAAGUCUGUUUUUGUUUUACAGGUUCAACUUAAACUGUUUCUGAUAAUUUUAUUUAAUAAUGUUUAAGUUGAAUCUUGCAGAAGCGGGGCGGGGUAGUGCUCAGUGGGUGAGCACUGACUUCCAGAUAUCAGGGUCCCAGGUUCGAAUCAGACUGAUGAGUAGUAAUUUUUCAUCAACCGUAGGUCGACCAUAGUACCUGGAGACCCUCCUGUGGCGAACCCAGCCUCUAUAAAGUGGGUACAAUUAAUUUAAUAAUUAAUUAAGGAAGAAAACAUAGCGGUUGAGCAUGAUAUCGGCCCGUCACCUCCCUGCACAACCGUUGGCCUUGUAACGGUACUUCCUCACAUUGUUCUGAACCGGAGACCCUUCGUGGAUUGUUAGUGCUACAGGCUUUUUUUUUUUUAAGUUGAAUCAUGUAAAACAAUCUUCAGAAUUGGGAAAAAUUGAAGCUACAUUACAAUGCUCAAAACGGAAAAAAAAAACUUUUGUUUCUAAAAAGUUUCGGUAUCAUCGGAAUUGUAUCAGUUUUUUUAGAACUAGAACUUUCCCUUGCAACUUUAAUUUUUAGAAAACUUUUAUUUUAAAGUUCUUUCAAUUUGAUUAAAAAGCCAAUCUUUUUUGAAUCUCUAUGAAUUUUAUUCAUAGAGUGAUAAAUAGUCAGAAUGCAGUCAUUUUAAAGGUUUUUAUUGGUGCCAACGUUUCACUCAAACUGUUUUUUUCUGUGUAUUGACUGCCAUCUGUUAUUUAUUCUUAUUUCAUUACAAGUUAAUAGCCGUAAUAUUUUUAACUAUAAGAAACAACGUAGCUAUUGUACCCAUGUUUCCUUAAAUAUUUUAUUUAUCAAAUUGAUUUGCAUUCCGCUAAGAAAAAUGUUACCCUCACACUCUGACUUUGUUUACCUUUGCUAUCUAAAAAGCAAAUCUGGAAAAUCCUCCAGUGACCCUUUACUUAUCUACCUAAGGACCAGUACUUGAAUAACUCCAGUGCUCGAAACAUGGUUAAUGAAAGUAAAUAUUACAUUUCUUAUAAAUUGAUUAUAUACAUUAUAUAUUUUUUGUUUGUAUGACUUUUUAAAUAUUUUAUUUGUUUAGUUCAUUUAGUAUCAACCACUAUUUUUUUUUUAUUACUAAAAAAAAUUCUGAUUGUAUUAAACAAUUUUCAGCCCUGAUGAUGACCCUGUUGCUUGAGUUGAAACGUCGGUACCAAUACAAACCUCUAAAAUAACUGCGUCCUGACUAUUUUUCACCCAUGAUAUGUAGAACAGUCGACUAACUUCCUUCAAUGACUUUUAUUCAUAGCUACUCAAACAAAUUACAUAUUAGAAUCAUGUGUGAUUCAUUUGAGACAAAUUAUAACUUUUAUCUAAGCCUAAUUACUGUUUAAUUAUUAGUACUUGCGAACAAUCCGGUCGGGACGGACUGCUAACUGCCAAUGUUUAUAACCUGGACAUUGAUAAUUCUGAUAAGGCGCUGAUAAUCUUUAUCUUCGUAUUGAUAUUUAUGGAAAUUGAAAUAGGCAAAAACAAAUGUCAUAUUUAUGUAAUUUUUUUUUUUUCUUAAUUAUAUUUACAGCUGUAUGAAAGAAAUAUAUUUAAUAAAUUUGAACAUAUGGAUAUAAUGACGUGAAAACACUUGCUGAGUAACUACCCAAUGGUAGCACUCUAAUGAUAUGUCUACAUUAGAAGAUCACGGGGCCAUCUUCUUUUCAGACACCUCGGAGGGUUAUCAGGAAUUGAAGAGGAAGCAAGGUUAGAAACGAGAGGGUUGGGAUGAAUCUGAAGUUUAUUAUUGAAGGAUAGGUAUCUGAAGUGGGCUAGAUCUGAAAGAUAAGGAACAUUAAGGUCAUUAUGGAUGGUUUUAUUUGUUACAAAGUUGGGAGCAUUGAGGAUCUUACGAAGGAUUUUGGAUUGUAAGGAUUGGAUAUGACAUGGUUUAGUGGAGCCCCAUAGCUGAACUCAAAAUAGGCCUUAUUAUAGUCAUGUAUAUGAGUAUUUUGUAAUUAAUUGGAAGUUUAUGUUUAAUAUUUGCUGAAUUAAUCGGAAACGUCGAACGGUUUCUAGUCGUUUCAGUCUGGUAUGAGGAUUCCAAGUUAGACGUUGUCCAGGUGGAGUUUUAUGGAAAUUAAAAAUACGAAAACAAAUGUAAUAAUAACAAAACACUUUUAUUUUACAACAUACAUAUGAAAUAGACAAAAACGAAUGUCAUAUUAACAAAACACUUUGAUUUGAAAUUGAAAUAUACAAAUUGAAUGUGAUAUAAAUAAAUAAAAUAAAGAUGAAAUGUGUUGAGUAUGGACACCACUUGAUGGAUCAAUAAAGUUAUACCACUGAUCCACCAGGAAAUGAUUAUAGUUUGCUUCAUUCAGUUGUUGGGUGUUGGGUGUUCAGUUGAAAAGGUAAUCUUCGACCCCUCUAACCACAUUCCUUUUCUUAUAGAUACGUUUUUAUUACAACUGCUACGAAAGCAGCUCCAUUUCACCUUCCUGUCAAACUUCAUUUCAAGACCUUCACAGAAUUUCACCUUUGGAAUUAUCCCGGCCUUUUGAAAAUGAUUGAUAGCUUCUUCUUCUUCUGUAGAUGGCAAUUCCCACAAUGUAAUAAUAUCCAUUUGAACUAUAAACAAUGGAACAAAAAUAAACAACGGAAUAACUCACACCUAACAGAAGGAUAACAACAGCUUACAGGAGAUCAAAACGGAGGUUAUGUUACGAAAGAUAAGAUAAGAAGGGAGGUUUCGUCCCUACUGGGUUUUUAACAAUUACCUCAUUUUCAUUUAAUAGAACUGUAUUUAAAAACUUGAACUUUUACCAUGAAACUGCAUUACAAAAAAGUUCCUUAGAGCUGUUUUCCUAAAAAAAAAUUACAGAAACUGUUAAAAUGAAACUUUUUAAAGAAGUUGUAUAAACGUUUCAACCCCUAGGUUGCUAUGUUGAAUUUUUCUCAACUUUUUUAGAAAGGCAGAUACCAGGCCCCUUAGUAUAGUUAUAAAAAAUAAUGUUUUAUUAUCUUUUUAUAUGUUUUCUUAGCGAUUUGUCUAGACCAGUGAAUUUCCAACCUUUAUUCUGCACUAGGUUCCAAGCAUUAUUUUGUUAGAACUUAUUGAUAGAGAACUAUUUUAUUGUUUACUUUUUCUGAGGUUUGACUGUUGGAAUGGACUUUUAAGCAUCUUAAUUUACAAAUAUUUCUUUAUUUUAAGAUAUUGUUUAGGAGUGGGUUCAGUAGACACAUAACUAUAUAUUUUAGUAGCAUUUAACUGAAUUGCCAACGUUUCGACCUAUGUUCAUCAGGUCAUCAGGACAUUUGAUCUAGCACUGCUGGAAGAAGUUUGGAAAUUGAUCAUAGAUCAGUUUACAAAAAUUUCUUUUCAUGGGUUAUAAAUAGUCAGGACACAGUCAGUUAUUUUACAAUUUUUAUUGUUGCCAACAUUUCAAACGAAGCUUGUGGGUCAUCGUCAGGAGGUUACCAACACUGAAGGUACUUGAACACCUUCAUUGUUGGUAACAUAUCCUGACGAUGACCCGCAAGCUUCGGUUGAAAUGUUAGCAACAAUAAAAAUCUUGAAAUGACUGCAUUAUAAGUAGAACAGUCGACUAACUUCCUUCAAUAAAUAUUUCUUUUGAUGCUGUUUACGUUUUAGGGGUCAAUACACUUCUACAGAUUGGAAAGCAGUGAUCUAUUCUCCCAUUUUUAUUCUCUUAUCUUGUUAAAAGAUAUCGGAUACAAGAUAUUAUUUUAUUUAUUUAUCUUUAUGUUCUUUAUAUACAAACUCCUUAUUUUCUAUUUCUUUUGGGCUGAAGUUCCUCUCUCCCCUCCAAAAUGGUAAAAUAUAACCUUGUUUUAUGAAAAAAAAAUUUCUAAAAGUAUUAUUCUUCGUCUAAUUAUAUUUAAAAUAGGACUUAAAAAAUCACUUAAACUCCAUUUCAUGUAGGUAAUUAGUUUCUUUCUUUCUUCCAAAGUACCUAAUUAUAAAUACAAAAAAAAUAUUUCGGGCUUAAGCCUCUCCCUCCCUCCCAAAAUUAAUUCCUAGAUCCGUUAGUGCUUUGAACUACAUUAUAAUAGAGUUGUGGUAAUCCAAACUAGAAAAAACUGCAUCCAUAACUGUUUUAGCAUAAUAUAAUUUCAUGUUUUGUGAUACCUGAUAACACAAAUAAAAUUACACCCUCACUUGACUCACAUCUUUUCUUUAAAUUAUUUUUAUACAUACUACUUGCUAAAUUAAAUUUUUAUUUCUUAUCUUAGUUAUUAAUUUUCAUUAAAAAUGAUUAAUUGGAUGUCUGGAUACUUGGUAUCCACAUUAUUGGAAUCUAGAAUAGAUUGACAGAAUAAAAUUUUUUUGUUUACUUUUUUAUUAUUUGUUAUCAGACAUUAAUAACUUUAUUAAUUUUAUUUUUAUCAGAAUAAUUAACUGACCUACUUUUAGAAAAAUUCUUUAAGUUGAGAAUUUAAUUUUGUUUUUCGAAGAAAAAAAAUUGACAUUAAUUGAAAAAAGAUAAUGAAUGAAAAAGGCGUAUUGUUGUUUUUAACAAAAUAUCCACGUUAUCGUUGACCUAUUUGGCUUUAUAGAGUCUAAACAAUAAAUGUAAUUUUUUUAUUUAUUAGUUUUGAAAAAAAUUAAUCAGCAAAUGUCUUUCAUGAUUCUAGUCAUACUUAUAUUAGAAGAAACAAAUUAUUAUCCUGAAUAUCUUAAUCGCUAAAGUUUUCACAGCUUUUGAUAUUUAUUCAUAAAAAGAGAUUAUUGAUAUUUUUUCAUUUUACUAGUUCUGAAAUAUUGCUCCAAGAUGGGGGGGGAGAGGGAGUUCAGAAUCACAUUGAUCAUUCUGUAGAUGAAAAACCAAAGAAUGUUGAAAUUAGCUCAGUAUUGACGGUUGUGUCUUCACUAAUACAGAAUGUUUAGGUUAGGUUACAUUAUUCUCUUUUUUAAGAGGGGAUUAUUAUUGGUUAAUAAAAUUAUUACUCCAUCACUUUCAGAUUUAUCCUCGCUACAGAGAUCGACAAACCGUCAACGGAUCCUUUUUAGUUGAGAUUAGGCUUAUCAACCAAAAGAUUUUGUAGUAGAUGAAUAACCUUAAAGCAUUCGAUGCUGAAUUGAAAAGGAUUUAUAUCCACUGAUAAAAAUCAUUGCUAAGGUCUCCAAUCUCAACUGAAACUCUUUUUAAUAAUUAUAAAUACAAUUUUUAUUGCUCAAAAAUAUCUGGAUAUCGGGUAUCUUUAUCUGCUUUCAGACACAUUUUAUUGAUAGUAGAAUUACUUCUACAGUGUGAUCGAUGUGAUUUUGAACUCAACCACCACCCUGGGGCAGCAUUUGGAACGAGUAUCAGUUUUUAUGUUAAAUAUUAUUUUCCUUAUUAUCAAAACAACCCAUUGUGAUCAGGGUCAUGUGGUUUUACAUUAUUGUACAUAUGUGGCUGGUAAAUAAACCUGUAUAGGUUACUGAUGUUUGUCAUUCCGAUUUCUUAUACACAGUUGUGCAUUAUAUGCACUGCCACAUAAACACCCUACCACAAUUUGUUAAAAUUCUAUUGCUGAAAAAUAUUUAAAUGAAAAUCAAUCUUUUUCAUUUAUGUAGUUUCAUAAGAAAUGUUUUAACUAUGUGUAUUGUAAAUUAUUUUAUUCUUUAUGAAUUGGUUUAAAUGAAAACAAUUUUUAAAAAACUUAUUGCCACUUUGAAGUGGAUAGAAUUUUCAGUACUUGUGACUUGACCGGUCGCCAUGGAAUCUACCUUCUUAUCUCGUGUAACCUCUUCUUAUCCCUUGUCUUUGCUAAUUAUUUGUGCGGUCUUCUCGUUAUUCAAUUGUUUUCAGAUCUUUUUUUUUUUUUUUGUAGUUGUUAAUUUUGUUAUUUUCUAUUUAAAAUAGAUAUAUAGAUAACACUUUGGCAGAAAAUCAACAACUAAAAAAUUUGGAGUGCCUGUAAAAAUAGUUAUCGAGGAACUGCGAUGUAACACCUGGUUUCAUAUUUGUGGAGGCGGGUCCACAGAGAAGAGGACCUGUUCCUCGUUAUUUUGUCUCUCAAAAUAAAUAAAAUGUAAUAUUAACGUGUUUUGUUUACUUAUUAUUACAUUUGUUUUUGUCCAUUUCAAUUUCUAUAAAUAAAAAUAAGAAGGUAGGUAUUAUCAGUAUCAGAAUUAUCAAUGUUGAGGUUAUAUACAAUGGCAUAUAGCAGGCCGUGGCGACCGGCUAACUCUCAAGUAUCCAAUUUUCAUGAAAAUUUGUGAUGAUACAAUUCUAUUAAAAAUGACAAACGAAAGAUGUAAGUGAUGUAAACCUUUACUUGAAACCAAAUAAGAAAUAGACUUGGUUCCUAUUUGGUAAAGUAAAAUUAUGAUUUAAUCAUUUCAAAGUUGAAUAGUUGAAGCUUUAAUUUGCUGUGCUAUGAUUUAUUAAUAUUUUCAAUGUUCCUUUAUUUUGUGAUAAUUAAUUAUUAUUCUUGUCAUUGAUUAUAUUUGUCUUUAUAGAAGAAUAAAUGUUCAUAAUUUUUAUUAAAUUAUAUCUGCUUAUAAUUAAAAUUUUCUUUUAAUAUAAUUUAUUUGCUUUAAGCAUAAAUUUUGAUUUUCUGUUUAUUUUCUUUUAUAAUGUUUAUUUAUUCUAUAUCUAUUUAUUUACAUGUUUUUUAAAAUUUAUUUAAUUAUAAUCAUCUCAAUUCCUGCCAUUGAUAGGGCCUAUGUAGCAGCAGCUUUAAUAGUUUUAUCAAGUUACGUUUCAUCCAAUUAAAACGAUACCUGUCGGGAUGAACGUAACGAAAUCUUUGUUAUACCCCGUAAGUAGCUAUUUUUACUGAUGUGACAUUGUAAUAUAAAAUAUUUAUAAUGGCUGUGCCGUAAAAUAUCAUCAUCAGAGUCUUAGAUUAACCCCUUAUUAAAAUAAGGUUUGCGGAUGACUCAGUUAUUACUAUUAGUCGGCAGCAGAAAAAAAGAAAAACAUAUUACUAUUUAUAAAACUCCUGCGUUAAUUUGAGGUGUAUCGAUUAAUAUUACUGAUCUGUUUUAGUUCGACUACUGAAGAAUAUAGCAAUGCCUCUCGGGGACCAGCUGUGAGAUUGCUACUGAGUCAAUAAUUUCCAUUCUAGUAACAAGUAAUUAGUUGAGUAGAUUCUGCGAUUCCUGAAAGAUUUCAGAAGCUUAUAAAAAGACUGGAAUUCUCUAUAGGAAAUAAAAAUUUUGAUCGAAAUGAAAAAAAAAGAAAAGUAUCUAUCUAUAAACAAAUAUAUAGAUCGUUAAAAUCAAAACUAAUUAAGGUUAUUUGAUUUAGCUUUAUCUGUUUGAAAUACUUGACAGAUUAUUUAAUUAGUUUAGGUGGUUAUGCGCUCAGGUUUUUUGAAAACAAAACAUUAGUUAUUCUAUACUUGGUUAACUAUUUAAAAUAUAGUUAAAUCUCUACAUAUUGAACUUAAUAUGUCAUAAGGCCUGUAUUACUCUACAGAGGUUUUUUAAUAUGUCUUUUUUGUAAACUAGGUCGGAGGAUAUGAUAGUUAAUAGUUCACUUUGACGAAAGAAAAGAUGUCCUAAAGUGUUUAGAUAUUAACGCAUUGCGUACUUUUCAACAUUCUGGGUUCAAUUCCAGCUCUGGCUGAUGAUUAUUUAUUCUGUUUCAUAAGACCAUGAAUUGAUCCCAGUGUUAAAAGAUUCUCCUGGGGUAAAACCCAGCCUGUAUAAAAUAGGUGCUCUCAAUGAAUGAUUAAAAGAAAAACCUGGUGGUUGAAUAUUAUCUCGAUUAAAUCACAGUCCUGCAGAACUGUCAGCCUUCAAAUAACACUUCCUUAAAAAGUACUAAACCCAAGGCCCUUCAUAGGUUUUUUUGUUUUGUUUUUCUCCAGUAUUCUUAGCAAUUUCUUCUCUUCCAAAAUAAAAGAUAUUUAUUUUAUUUUUAUAUUAACUUAUAUUUAGUUUCUCCUUUACAUGCUUCAACAUUUCCCAUUUUGGGAAGUUCAUGUAUGACUUAAUUCAUAAAUAGAAAUAUGCUUUAUAAAAGAUCUUCACAAAGAAUUUUUAUAUUGUUAUGCCAGCCUACAAAAAAAUAUUUGAUUAGCUUAAAAAAAAAAAUUUCAUCAAUGACUUUUACAUAAAAUGUUUUUGUAGCAAAAUUUGUUAGGUGCUAGAUAGCCAGGAUGCAGUCAUUUUAAGAUUUUUAUUGUUGCUGAUGUUUCAACUCAAGCAUGUGUUCAAGUAUUCAACACCUUCAGUACUGCAAACAUGUCCUGAUGAUGACCCACAUGCUUGGGUUGAAAUGUCGGCAACAAAAAAUUUUGAAAUGACUGUAUAUCAUCCAUGAUAUCUAGAAGUCGACUAACUUCCUUCAAUAAUAAAAUUUGAUUUAUAGAGAUUUAAAAAUACUUUAAAUUAAUAUAAAAUACCGAGCCAUGGUUUGUAUAUUAAUUUUAUAGUUUAUCAUUGUAUUAUCACCUGUCUUUUGUAUAUUGCAUUUAAUGAUCACGAUUUUAAAUAACUGUCAUUUUUACAAUUUGAGUCUGAUGCAUUUUAUUUAUUAUUUUUUUUUUUUUGUAAUGUGCUGUUGGAAUGAACUAUCAGCCAAUUUUAAAUUUAAUUUCGUUUUAGGGCUUUCUCUUUUAGUUCAGAAGUCGUGUAAUGAGACAGUUUGUGAAGUGAUACACAUUAACAUAAUGGUUUUCUGAGGAACAAAGAAAUGAAUAUAUGUUAGAGGACAAAUUGUUCUACAAAUUUUGGUAGUAUGGUAAAAAAGUAGAGAAAAUCAUAGUUUAACCAUAAAAUAGUUUGUGAAGUUUUCAUAUUGAAAUUUUUAUGAUGUAUAUAUAUUUUUUUCUCUACCUUUUUACUGUUUUGUAUAUUAAAACGCUCUUGAAAUCUCAUAUAUAUAUAUAUAUAUAUAUAUAUAUAUAUAUUAAAAUUUAAACUAUCAUCAAGUUUUCAUUUUCUUUAAUUAAAAGCUCCUAACCUGUUGUCACUUCGGUAAUCUGCAUCACAUUCAAGACGACUUAUUGUUAUCUGCCUUAUUAUUAUGUGGAAUGAUUUGUUGAGGAUUAAUGAAAGUUAAUUAUAGCUUGACAACAAUUAGUUAGCAUCCCUAAGGUGCACUCAUGCAGCACUUAGUUGUGACUAACCAUUUUGUUUUUACUUAAUCCUCCAAUAUUACUCUCAGAAUAUUUACAAAUAUAGACAUUAGGGUGCAGUAAUUUAUCUAUUUAAGAUACCAAGUCAACUGCAAACAUAAUAUGCAAAAAGAAAUAAAGUGAUACAUUUUUUCUGUGAAUCACACAUAUUUUGUGCUCCAAAAGCAUAUAAACAUAUUGUCCAAAGCUCAGAAUGUUGGACGAUGACUAAAGCCCAACAACAAGCCUCUCUGAGAUUCGAAAGAACAGUGCUCCACAGAAUAUAUGGAGGUGUGUGUGAACAGAAUUCCUGAAGAAAACGAACAAGUGCCGAAUUAAACAUGAACUAUGAAGACAUCAAUGUCAUGGGCUUUAUCUAAUUCGCUCAACUCCUUUGGGCUGGUCAUGUUAUUAGAAUGAACUAGGGAAAGAUCCCAUUAAAAACUUUGUCGGAGCGAGUGUAUGGGACAAGGCAAGCAGGACAUCCUAAGCUUUGUUUGGCUGCGGCCAAUAGAAAACUUCUAUUAAGAAACUGGAAGGCAGUGGUGCGCCAAAGUGAGGACUGGCAAUUCUUGUUGGAGCAGGCUAUCAAAUGGAUUGCAAUACCAGAUAAAAAAAAUAAAUACAUACAUUAAAAGAUUACAUUAUAUUUAAUAUUAUAUUUUGUUAUACAUUAUAUUAAUUGUUAUGUUUUAAUCUAUCUAUACUGGCUCUACAACCCGCUUGGCGAGUCAUGGCCUACACCAGGUGUCCCUGCUUUGUGCUGCCACCAUCCAGCCUCGAACUCCUAGCUUCCUUUCAUCUUUGUCCACGCUGUCCCUCCAUCUUAACUUUGGUCUUCCUACUCGUCACGCUCCAUCCAGGAUUUCAACCAACACUUUCUUUGGGAUCAUGUCUCUCCUUCUGGCCACAUGACCUGCCUUUUUUAGACAGCCUGCUCUUAUAAAAUCGAAAAUAUUGGCCAUAUUAAAAUUCUGGUAGAUCUCCUGAUUUUUCCUCCUUUUCCACCCUCCAUUCACAAACACUGGACCAUAAAUUCUUCUUAGAAUUUUUUGUUCAAAUAUUAGGAGGUCCUGCUCUACUCGACUGCCUUGGUUAUCAUCCAGGUCUCCGAUGCAUAACUUAAAACCAGUCUGAUAAGAGUCUUGUAGAGGAUUACUUUCCUACGCUCAUUCACCAGGUUGCUUUUCAUGUUAUUGACUCAUACCAUAAUAGCACAACAAAGUCCUCUUAUUUAUCUCUGUGUCCAUCUGGUUAUCACCAGUGAUCUGCAAGCACGGUAUGUGAAUUCUGAUACCUGUUCAAACCUGAAGCGUCCAAAACUCAACCUAGUGCCAUGUCUUGGGGUUACCAAGUAUUUCGUUUUUUCCUCAUUGACAGUCAGGCCGAGUUUCCUCGCUGCAGCCUCCAGUUCCAGAAAUGAUUGUGUAAUUGCUUACCGAAAAGGCCAAUAAUGUUUGUAUCGUCGGCAAAAGCAAGAAGCUGAACAGAUCUAUUGAAGAUGGUACCAGAUGUUUCUAUUUGGGACUCAGGGACUGCUUUUUCUAGGGCCAAGAGAAAAAGGAGGCGUGCCAGGGCAUCACCCUGUCUUACACUCCUUCUUGUAGAAAAUUCUUCCUUUGCCCAUUAUUUUAACAACACACACCACCUCGUCCAUUGUUAACUUGGUCAGCCUGAUAAGCUUAGAGGGGAUGUUGAACUGAUUUAAUGCAUCGUACAACCUUUGAUCGUCGAUGGUGUCAUAGAUUGAUUUAAAAUUGACGAAGAGGUGGUCAGUUUUGAGCUUAUAUUCCUGUCCCCAUUUCAGGAUGGUCCUCAAACAGAAUAUCUGGUUGAUCGUUGACUUUCCUCAUCUGAAUUCGUACUGGUACUACCCAAGCUCUCGUUUCAUAAAUGGCAAUAGUCUGUGGAACAGGAUGUUUGAUAAAAUUUUAUAAGCGCACGGGAGCAGAGCUUUACCAUGAUAGUUUGAGCAUUUCAAUAGGUUUCCCUUCUUGUGGAUCGGGCAUCUGACUGUCUUCUUUCAGUCUGUAGGCAUUAUUUCUUCAUUCCAUAUGCUCACUAAUAAGUUGUGGAGGAGCUUGAAGAGUUCAUUACCUCUAUGCUUAAGUAGUUCUGCAGGAAGUCUAUCAAUUCCUGGAGCCUUAUUAUUUUUUAGUUUGUUGAAGGCUUCACUAACCUUGUCUUCAUCAGGUGGUUCCAGGUCAUCCACUCCAUCCUGACCGAAGGGCAGCUCCGUCUCUUGGCUAUCUACGUUUUGACCAUUCAAAAGCUCUUUGAAAUAUUUUCUUCAUUCUGUUAGGCAGGCUUGUUCCUCGAAUAGGAGAGCUCCCUGGUUAUCCAUACACAUUGAAGGUAUUUGUUUGAAUGGUCUCCUAGUGCUAUUAACUUUAUGAUAGAACUUCCUGCUGUCUCCAAUGUUUCUUGAUUCCUCCAGAUCCUUCAACUCCUGGAUAAUUCCUUCUCUCUUCAGUUGUUUUAUUAUUAUAAUUAAUCAAGUGGUUUUGAUUAAUAAGCAACAUUUUAUUUGAUUAUUGUCAUUAUUUUUAUAGUUUUUUAUAAAAAUUGCUCUGGGAUUUCAAUCAGAGUGAAAUAAGAAAAGAAAUUUAUUGUACAGCGUUUUGGCCUAAGUUUUAGGCCUAUCUUUUAUAUGAAGAAAACAUAUUUUUUAUUUCUGUUUUUUUCUUAUCAUAACAUUAUCUUGUCUUUGGAAGUGAGGUAGCUCAGUAUUAGGGUGUUGACUUCCAAUGCUUAAGGUCCCAGGUUCGAAUUCGGCUAAUGACAGAUAAAUUAUUUGACUGUGGUCAGGAGACCCUCUUGGGGCACCGUCAGCCUCUAUGGAGUGGGUACUCUUAAUUAAGGGAAAACAUUUGGCAGUUGAGGGUGAUCUCGAUCAAAUCACCUCCUUCCACUGUUGACCAAGAAACAGUACUUCCUUAUAAAGUAAUGCACCCAGACCCUUCAUAGGUUGUUGUGGUACAGGCUAUUUUUUUUUUUUUUUUUUUUUUUCUUUGCUUAGCUAUGGUGAAGAUUUCAAACUUAUGCUGAAAAGUCGGCACAAAGAAAAUAAUGGUUGUUUUUUGUGUAUUACAUUUUAACAGGAGCCCCUCUCCCCCCUCCCUAGCAACUUCUAAAAGUGUCUUCUGUCAACCAUUAAAGUAUUAUUUUGAAAUACAAACCUCACCGGAGGUCUCGUUUAUACAAUUGCUAAUGUAAUUGACACUUGAGAAAACUUCUUCAUAAAAAAUUCACUUACUAACUCAACUGUGAUCAUUAACCUAAAUAAUCGCUUAUGGAAACUAGUCUUAACAAUAUUUCAUGACAAGAACGCAAUGAGAUUAAGAUAAGCAGGGUCUGCAGCUCUUAACCACGUAACAAUCCAUCUAGGAAACAUCUACUCAACAAUGAAACUUUGAGGCCUCAACACCCUUGUGAUACUUUCAAUGGCCUUUGACUCAUUAUUAGGUGAACCAAAUAACAAUUUUUGCGCUGGUAGGUCAUUUUAGCUGGGAACAAUCCGUCAGGAAAUCUCUACUCAACAAUUAAUACCUUAAUAAUAGGUAACAGACCACGUGGAAGGCCAAAAAUCAGACAAAUGGAAAUCGGCAGAGAUGGAGAAGGCUUGUUAAGGCAGCGCUAUUUUUGUAAUAUCGGAGGAUUUGGGAAAAAACAAAAUACCAGUUUUAAAUUAAUACCCCGAGUUCACUCUUAAACUUCCAUUAACUAAACAUAAUCAAGCUAUAGUUAAAUCUUUUAUUAAUAGUUUAAAAAUCAAAUAAUAAGGAGAGUUUUAGUGUUACGUGUGGAGUAAAAUGUUGGGGAAACAGUCAAGUACUGUUUUCUAUUUUAGAAAUUUAUCGUUAGAGAUCGUAUAGACUUUAAAAUGCUAAUCAGUUCUAGUGAAGAUAGUCUCUAGUCAGCAAAUGUGGAUAUUUAUGAAUUGUAUGCAAUAAUUAUAAAUAGUUAUUAAACUUAUGUAAAUACUUAAUAAGUCCAUGAAAGGUUUUUAUAGAUGAAUUUUCCACUUACUAUAUAAAUUUUCUUGUAUUCAUUUAUUUCUUGCAUGGUAGGGUAACAUUUUAACAUUACCAGAAAAUAUAAAUUUUGCGUGAUAAAUGUUAAGAUUAGUAAAUAAAUAAUUUGUCCUAAAAGCCUGAAUUUUUUUUUUUUUUUAAUUUCUUUAAGUUAUAAUUAUUAAUAAAUGGAGCACUUGGCUGAAAUAAAUGGCCUGAAGAAAAACAUUAACAUGAUAAGGCUAUACAAGUUUACUUUGUACUGAUCGCUAAAUCUUUAACAAUUCCCUCAAUUGUAGUUCAAUAUAAAAAAAUAAAGAAAAUUUUUUGUAUAUUUUUAGUUUAAGCAGGAGGAUUAAUUUUUGAUCGGAUCGCUUACAAAUAUGAGAAAUUAUCUUCUAUAAAUAUUAUUCCUUAUAAACUCGCUAUUUAUUUAUUGUUACCGUAACUUGUACCUAUUUGUACCCAAAACCGAAAACAUUAGCUAGAACGUGGUUUAAUGGCUCAGGAAAUAGGGAUAGUGCUCCUACUUAUUAUAGAAAUAAGUGAAUUUGGUGAACGUUUAAAUCAUUUAUUUAUUUUUGGUCCAAUUAGGCCCAAUUUAUAGUAUUUAUUUUUCAUUCGCUAUCACAUGAAUGAAAUGUCAAUUUUCUUUUGCCAGUAAACAAAGCUUUUAUAGGAUAGUUUUAUUCAAGGUGAAGGUAAGCAGUGUAUAGUUCUGCUAGGUAUUUCUGCGAGUCCCGUGAAAAAUGUUUUGCAAUGUUAAUUGCGGUUAAUAUUAUUUAAAAAUUAAUAGUAUUCAUGAAAUUCAAUUUAAAAAAUAAAAUGUGUGGCCUUAAAAUAAUUAUUUACGCUGGUUUAUUUAAUUAAUAUGUUAAUUUUUUCUAAACUUUCAAGUGAUGUUUCAUUUAGUCUUUGUUAUCGUUUCUUAUCAUUCUCAAAAACUCGUUUUAGUAUUGCAAUAAAAUAUUAUAUUUUCAGUUUAGGUUGAGUAUUAAGAGCUCUGAACUGAUGGAAAAUUAGAUUUAAGAUAUUAGAAUAUACUGUAAGAGUUGUAUUGGUUAUAUUUCAGAAACAAUAAUGUGUUAAGAGAUAAAAUUUUUCUUUGAAAAAUAAGGAAUGCCCAAUUCUCUGGCAGAAAUGUUUUUGUUUCAAAUGAAAAUUUUAUUUAUUAACAUAUCUCUACUGUUAGUGCAAAAUGUUGUAUGCAACAAUUUUACAUGAUUAUUAUAUUUGUGCUAAAGGUGACAUUUUUUCUGCAUCUGCAAUAACUGCAAUAAAUAGGCUGCGACUAUGAAAAAUAAAAUAUCGCUACUGUUGGUGCAAAAGGUCAUAUGUAAAAAUUGACUUUUUUUAUAGAACAGCAUAAAAAUCAAUUAUUUCUUAAUAAUUUAUUGGUAUGAUUUCAUAUUUUAUUUCACUCUGCUAUUUUCCUAUUUAGUAGACUACAAAAUGUCACCUUAAGCGCAAAGAGAAUAAACAUGUGACAUUGUAACAUACGACCUUUUGCACUAACAGUGCCAUCAGAAAUAAACAAUGAGAUAAAAAAAGAAAGAAGCGAUCAGUUUUUAUGAUGUUCUUCUGUAAAAAAACUCAAUUUUUACAUAUGAUCUUUUGCAUUAACAGUAGUGAUAUUUAUGCAAGCAAUGUAAGAGUAUUUUGAAAAUAUUUUUUAGGAACUGAUAUUAUCCGAGAUAAAAUAGUCUGUUCUAAUUUUUUAUCAAAUUCCAUCAACAGAGCUUACUUACCGUAUUCUGCCUAUAAUUUGUUUAAUUUUGGAGUUACAGGGUUAUAUUUAUUUAUAUCCAACUUGGCCUAUUUAAAAUCGCAAACAAGUGUAUAUGUGUAUAUAUGUUUUAAUAACUUUAUCACCUCAAAAUAAUAUUUGUACGUUUUAUUUUUAUUUCUUAAAAAUUUACUUUCCACAAAAUUAUUGUAUCCUCUUUUUUUUUUCAAUGUCAGCUAUAGUUUUUAGCUUUUAUUUUCUUGUAAUAAAAUAUAUCUCGCCAGUUUGGAUAGCUUAUAUAUGAUGCCCUAUGCUUUUUUGUAUUUGAAUAAACGUUGGGGAAUAUUAUUUUAAACUGAGUACAUUCCACUUGUUUACAACAUUUUCAAACUAUAAAACCUUGUACUUUUAGAAUUGUAUACUGGCUGUGAUAUCCACAAGCAUGUCAUUGAAAAAAUAUAACGUAAUUGUGCAAUUAUUAGAUAUGUGCUGAUACACUUUGUUAUUGUGAUGGUUUGUAUCUUACCUAUCUAUUCUUAUAGUCUUUUUGUAUAUUUCUUGUAUCUUUAACUUUGUUGUUAUUCAUAACUUUAUUCCUCUAAUAAAACAUUAAAUUUUUACAAAAUGUUUCCUUUCUAUAAUUUUAUUAUAAUUGUCUCCCCAUUCCUUCAAUAGAUCUCCAUUCAUCCAUUCAUAAAGCAGGCAAACUAAUGCUCAUUUCAAGUCUUCGUAAUCU